AUGGUUGUCUAUUUAGAUAUUGAUAAAAAAGACAGAAUCAGAACUGAGUGUAAGUCUUUAAUACAUAGACCUAAAUGUAAGAUCAGAGAUUUAGCCAGGGUGAUUGGUAUCCUAGUGUCUUCAUCCCCAGCUGUUGAACUGGGGCCCAUGCAUUAUAGAUCCUUAGAAAAAGGGAAAAUAAAAGCCCUGAAAUAUAAAAGUGGUGACUUUGAUAAGUCUGUCAAUAUUGAUAAUGAUAUGAAGGUUGAAUUAGGUUGGCGAGGAGUAGACAAGAAGAUAAUUCAGUUAAUGGUGGAUCGAUCUAUUGGUAAUACAACACAGGCUGAAAAGGUAGACGACUACAGGAACCAAAUCAUGUCAACAUUUGGAGAAAUACUGAAAUUUGAUUCUACUAAAAAGAUUUGUCAAAAGAUAUCAGGUGCUGGAAAAGGCACAGCUGAAUGGUGUAUCAAUAUUGGAAAUGAAAACAGCUUAAUUCUCUCCUUUGUUCUCACCUGUAAGGAAUCGACUGAAAAAUUAAAGCCAAUGGCAGAAAGUUUAAUGGACCGUUACAAGACCUUCAUCAGUAGAGAAACUUUUCAGAUUGGAUGCAUGGCGCUGGAUCCAUAG